CUCAUAUUCUAAUUAGACAAUAAUAAAUAAAACAUAUGUUUUAUAAAUGAGAAAUAAUAAAUCAAUAAUAGCAUAAGUGAGAAAUAAGCAACCAGGGACCAACUGGCAACAAAACAAAUGCUUCUACUUUAUGGUUUGCCCAAUUGUAAGGAAACUAACUUUGAGUACACACCAAAUGCUAAUAAGCACUCAAACCAAACCCAAAACCAUCUCUCAUAUAUUUACCCAAUACCUUUCACUCAUUAGUUUUCAACAAUCUGAACAUGGCUCCAACUGCUUGUACCUUCCAAAAACUUUCCCUCCUUUUCAUCAUAAUCUGCUUCCCUUUAUCCACCUCCAUCGACUUCAACUACCCGGCUGUUUUCAAUUUCGGUGACUCGAAUUCCGACACUGGGAACCUAGUCGCCAGCAUGGCGGAGCCCCUCGAACUGCCUAACGGUCAGACGUAUUUCAAGAGACCUUCCGGAAGGUUCUGUGAUGGCCGCCUCAUCAUCGACUUUCUGAUGAAUGCUAUGGACUUGCAGUUCUUGAACGGGUAUUUGGACUCAGUAGCUGCUCCAGUUUUCAGAAGAGGGUGCAAUUUCGCUGCUGCGGGGUCCACCGUAUUACCCGCAACUGCAACAUCCGUUAGCCCGUUUUCGUUUGCGAUCCAAGUGGCACAGUUUUUCAAGUUCAAGGCAAAAGUCGAAGAAAUCCAGGCUAAGUCAAGAAGAUAUGACAGGUAUAUCCCAGCUCAGGAUUCUUUCAAGAAGGGACUCUACAUGUUCGACAUAGGUCAAAAUGAUCUAGCUGGCGCCUUUUAUUCAAAGACGUUCGAUCAAGUCCUUGCUUCAAUCCCAACAAUUCUAAUAGAAUUCGAAGGUGGUAUUCAGAAAUUAUACGAUCAAGGAGCGAGAAAUUUCUGGAUUCACAAUACGGGCCCUUUAGGGUGCUUACCGCAAAACAUUGCUAAAUUCGGCAAUGACCCAUCGAAGCUAGACGAGCUCGGAUGUGUUUUUAAUCACAAUCAAGCCGCGAGGCUUCUCAACCUGCAACUUCAUGCCCUUACCAAGAAAUUGCAAGGCCAGUAUCAAGAUGCAAAUAUCGUGCACGUUGAUAUAUUCACAAUCAAAUCGAAUCUCAUAGCAAACUACUCUCGAUAUGGAUUUGAGCAACCAUUGAUGGCCUGCUGUGGAUAUGGGGGCCCACCGUUGAAUUACGACAGUCGUGUCGCCUGUGGACUGACCAAAAUCGUGAAUGGAAGUUCGAUCACAGCCAAAGCGUGUGAUGACAGUACAGAGUACAUUAAUUGGGACGGGAUUCAUUACACGGAGGCCGCAAAUCAGUAUAUUGCAUCACAGAUUCUGACGGGAAAAUAUUCGGACCCACCAUUUGCGGAUAAGAUGCCUUUUCUUCUAAAACUAAAGUUCUAACGUUCACAUUAUCUUAUUAGGGGGCUUCUUGUAUUUGUUUGGACUUUGCAGAUAUCAUAUUCUUCAAAUCGAUUUUUAAAUCGACUGGUUUUUGGCCUGGGGGAUACUUAGACCACUCCAAGCAGAAGCCAAUAAAAGUUGAUACUCUUUUUCAUCAUAUCGAAAUCAUAAGAUAAUUCAAACAUGCUCAGAGGGCCUUUACUCAGCAGAAAUGACCUGAGGAGAGCUAAAACUAGAGCUGUUUCUUGAUAUUUACUUUCUUUGUUUUUGUCAAAUAAUAUUUUAAUUUGACAUUACGAGUAUCUUAUAAGCUCUACAUACAUCUAAAAUGGGCCAUUGUUACAUUUCAAGCCGACCUUCACCACACAGCAAUAGUAGCUACAAAAACCAAGGCAAAAAUAAAAAGGAUGCAUAAAAAACACAACAACAAAUGAGGCAACAGUCGAU